AUCACCAUCACCAUCAUCAUGAAGUUACCUUUUACUCAUCCUUCAAAUCAUCAUCAUCAUCAUCAAACCUCUCAACCUACACCUUCUUCUCGAUCUCUGAUUCGGGUCGGAUUAUUAGCACUUCUGGCUUCUUCAAUCGCUUGGGUUUAUUAUAUUACUGAUCAAUCAUUCUUUACUACUCAUCAGGAUUGGGAUCAGUAUGUUUGGCAUCGUGAACUGGAUUGGACUCCAACUAAUUCUACUCGACUUAUAGUCGUGGGCGAUAUUCAUGGCAUGGUUCAUUCGCUAAAGAAAUUACUUCGUAGAAUAGAUUACAAUUCUACAACAGAUCAAGUUUUUUUACUUGGAGAUUUAGCAGCUAAACAUCCAUCUAUCGAUUCAUCACUCCAAACCAUCCGAUUUGCUCGUGAAUCAAACUUCACCGUCAUCCGAGGUAAUCAUGAUCAAGAUAUCAUAGCAUGGAGAAAUUGGAUGAAUGAGCAUAAAAAGUAUCAAUCUCAAAUCAUUGGGGAAGAUGAAUCACUUGAGCAUUUACCUGAGUUUAUGAGCGAUCAACCGACCAGCUCACUUAAGAGAAAGUUACCCAAGGGUUGGAAAUGGAAAGGUCAACAUUUCGAAAUCGCUCGUAGACUUCCUAGAAAGGAUUUCGAGUGGCUCUUGUCUCUUUGUUUGACUUAUCAUCUGCCUGCUUUAAACACUUAUUUCGUUCAUGCUGGCUUGUUAGCCUGGGAUCCAUCCAGAAGUGUUCGUGGAGCGAGUCCGACUUCUUUUCUAGACGAUCAAGUCCAACAUUCGAUUCUUCAAAUCGAUCAAAACAGAGAUCCAUUAACCCUGAUCGAAAUGAGAGGAGUACGAAAAGGAAGACGUCCUACUUCCUCUGGUAAGAAAGGUACACCAUGGUUCGAGCUUUGGAACGAAGCUAUGGAAGGAUGUGGAACUCAUCUGGGUGAAGAACCGGUAGGAGAAGAUGGAAAGUGUGGAGGACCUUUGAAUGUGAUUUAUGGACAUUGGGCUGCUAAAGGUCUUACACUUCGACCUUGGUCAUCUGGACUGGAUAGUGGAUGUGUUUAUGGACGUGGAUUGUCUGCUAUGAUUAUCGGUGGUGAUACUAAAGUGAAGGAGUAUCGGAAACUUGAACAACAAUCUAUCAAAGUACAAGGUCAGGAUGUGACAGUUGUGACGAUGAAAUGCAAAAAACCUUAGCGAUCAUUUUUUUCAAAGCAAACUCAUCUAUAUCUCUCUUGUAUCUGUAAUCUUUCAUCUGUUUUUUCUUCAUCACGCAACCACAACAAGAAGUCUUGUAUUUCGAAAACUUUCUUUACAGCGCUUACCUCAUGAUCUAUCAUUAAAAGACUUGACGAGAUGGUUCAGUUCAGUUGGAUCUCUUGUGAUUCUCUUUCUUUCUAGUAAUCUGAUUUGUGUUUUUCUUCUAGACACUACACAUAUAGAAAGCAUUUAUAUUUUCAAUGACUGAGGUGUUUUUUUUCUGUAUUAACCUAUACACUUUUCUUUACACUUUAAAAUCACUUCUUUUCCACUUCUGAUGAUUUGUUCUUUGUAGUUUUUUUUCUUUUUCCUUUUGUUUGUUGUUUUUUUUUGGUUUGAUUGUUCUUUGAUCAAAUAAAUACUAUACAAACUUGCAAAAUUGAAAUCUAUCUAUCAAUCUAUCAAUCUAUCAAUUGAAAUGUGGUCUUUGGUCUUCUUGAUCUGCGUUUACAGCUUGUUUCUUUUUUUACUUCUUCUAUGGUUUCUUGUGUUUUUUAUAAAUCAAUGAUUUUUUCUUGUCAUUAGAAAUCCAAUGCUGAUUGAUGUCUAC